GCGAAAACGUGUCAUGUUGCUUCCAUGCAGUGGUGCCAACAAUGGUAGUAAAUACAACACCGCUUCCACCUUCAUCUCCAUCUUUAUGUUUUGCUUUUAUCAAGGAUAAGAAUACUACUCUUUCUGUUUUUUGUUUUUUCUUUUCUUUUCAUUAUCUUAAACGUUUGCAGGUUUUAGAGUCCAUAAAUAUAAUUUCACUUGUUUGAGUCUGAGCUAGCCCAAAUCAUUAGUAUGUUGGUUGAACUAAUUCACAAGUUUCUCAAUUUAGUAGCUCCUCCAGUUUCUUUCUUCAGCUUGCUUCUUUUCUUGCCACCUUUUCAAUUUUUCAAGUGUGUUCUCUCAAUUUUGGGCACACUUUUUAGUGAAGAUGUUGCUGGAAAGGUCGUCAUUAUCACUGGGGCUUCAUCUGGCAUUGGCGAGUAUCUGGCAUAUGAGUACGCCAAAAGAGGAGCAUGUUUAACUCUUGCAGCCAGAAGAGAUAGAAGUUUGAAUGAAGUGGCCGAAGGGGCACGUGAACUAGGCUCACCAGAUGUUAUAACAAUUCAAGCUGAUGUUUCGAAAGCCGAAGACUGUAGAAGGAUUGUUGAUCAAACCAUGAGUCACUUUGGCCGACUGGACCAUCUGGUUAAUAAUGCUGGAGUGCACGCGAUUGCUCUGUUUGAAGAUACAGAGGAUGUCACUGAUUUUAAAUCUGUCAUGGACAUCAACUUCUGGGGUUCUGUUUACAUGACUCGCUUUGCGAUUCCAUAUCUUAGGUAUAGUGGGGGAAGGAUCAUUGUGCUUUCCUCAUCUGCUUCUUGGCUGCCUGCUCCAAGAUCAAGCUUUUAUAAUGCAAGCAAAGCAGCAGUAUCUCAAUUCUUUGAGACGUUAAGGAUUGAGCUGGGGCAGGACAUCAAAAUAACUCUGGUGACGCCUGGCUUUGUUGAAUCUGAACUAACGCAAGGCAAAUACAUCGGUAAGGGUGGCGAUGUAGAGGUUGAUCAAGGAAUGAGGGAUGUAUUCAUAGGCGCGACUCCAGUAGCCAAAGUUGAAUCAUGUGCCAAGACAAUUGUCAAUAGUGCUUGCCGAGGUGAAAGGUAUGUUACAAUACCAUCUUGGUUUCGGGUUAGCUACUUGUGGAAGGUGUUUGCCCCGGAGGUGUUAGAAUGGAUGUACAGGCUGAUGCAUCUCACCGGAACUUCACCAGAGGAUGCACUUAGCAAGAAAGUAGCGGAUUAUACCGGCGCGCAAAACGUGUUGUAUCCCGAGACUAUCAGGACUGGAGAAACAAAGACUGAUUAAUGUUGUGAUGUAAAAAGAGGUAGUAAGUGUUUGUAUCGUCUCCUGUAAUUUCCUAAAUCACGAGUUUCAAUUAGAAAGACCUUUGUGUGGUUGUUUGUAUUGUGACUAUGAAUAAAAUUGAGCAUGUUUCAGUUAAUGA